AUGGACGAGGAAAUCACUGUAACUUCUUCAGAAGAAGUUAUGGAGACGAAAUCGUCUGGAUUUCUACCGCGUAAAAUGUUUGGCGUGCAGUUCAAACAUGGUCUUAAGUUUAUUUCUUCUUUAUUGUUGCCACUCGUAUUAGGCGUCUUUACAUCUACUAUCGCGAUUCAGCAGCAAAAAUUAGCUAGACAACAACGUAACGAAGAUCGAAGUGCAUCGCAACUACAUCUUAACCAACAGAAAACUUUGGAUACAGAAAGAUAUAAUAAUGAAAUUUUCGAUACUUAUAUUAGGGAGAUGGCCAUAUUAUUGAAAGAAAAUAAUGGUUCACUCACAGACAAUGACGUUACAGCUAUUGUAGCUCGAGUGAAAACUCUAAAUAUCUUUCGUAAACUAGAUUCACAACGCAAUGCUCGAAUUAUUAGAUUUCUACACGAAGCUAAGCAACUUCCUGUUUCAGAGACACGUCGUGCAGUGAAUUUUUCAACGACAAACCUUAAUGAUUCGGAGGUACGUUGUGCAUCGAAUCUUUCAACGGCAAAUCUUAACGAUUCAGAGACACGUUCUGCAUUGGAUCUUUCAACGGCAAAACUUAAUGCUAUUGAUUUUCGUGAAUUAGCAGUAUACGAAAAAUACUUGCUUUCAGUUAAAUUCAGGAAUACUAGCAUGUUUAAUACAAACUUUCGAGAAGCUAUUACUGAUAAAGCAGAUUUUGCUUCUGUUGAUUUGUCAAAUUCUACGUUCGUAAGCGCUGACAUUCAAGGUGCUUCUUUCAUAGGAUCUAACUUGAACAAUGUUAAUUUUUCCGAAGCUAAUCUGCAUAAAGUUGAUUUGACUAAUGCUAAGAUUACAGAAAAGCAAUUGCAAAGUGCCAUUUCUAUUCAUGACGCUUUACUGCCUAAUGGAACCCUUGCUCAUGACAACAACUUCCUCAAUGAUGGCCAAACUGAUUGCAAUAUGUCUUUCCGUAAUAACUGGAUAUUACACAAAGGCAAUAUUGCUGCAAAAAUAUCACACAUUGAUCCAAAUAAUUGUUACUUUUUCUUGCGAUCAUACAAUAUUGGAGCUAUCAUGUCUCGACGUGUUAAUUUAACAAAGUGGGAUUCAGAAUCUUGGCCACAUUCUCAGAUUGUUUUGAGCGCUAAUAUGAGCAUUGGUGUAUCGAUCCAACUGAAAGUAACUAAUAACUCCAAAGAUAUAAAUAUUCAUCCCAGAUUGAUUAUUCCUCAAAUUCCGUCGAAUGCACGAUGGAAACAAGAUGGAAAGUGUGUUGCUGGUUGUGAUGGAAAAGGCAACGCCACAAAUCAGCUCCAUGAACCUUAUAAUUUGUUUAUUGCUCAAGAUGAAACAAUGAUAAUCGUCGAAAGCGAAAAUAGUCGUGUCACCCAGUGGAAAAUAGGCGAUACGAAUGGGCAAGUGUUAGCUGGCGGUAAUGGAAUAGGAUCUGAAUUGAAUCAACUUAAUCGACCGAGUGAUGUGGUGAUCGACAAAUGGACUGAUAGUCUCAUUAUCUGUAAUCGAUUCAGUAAACAAGUCGUACGAUGGUAUCAGCACAGUGGUAUCACACAAGGAGAAUCUCUCAUCAAUGGCAUUAGCUGUUAUGGAUUGGCUAUCGAUGAUCAACAAUUUCUUUAUAUCUCAGACACGCGAGAACAUGUAGUCAAACGAUACCAAAUGCCAAACAUGACUGGAUGUGUUGUCGCUGGUGGUAAUGGAAAAGGUGAUCAUAAUAAUCAACUCUACAUACCAACAUUCAUUUUUGUCGAUCAAAAACAAUCUGUCUAUGUAUCAGACAAUCGAAAUCAUCGUGUAAUGAAGUGGGAAAAAGAUGCAAAAGAAGGAAUUGUUGUCGCUGGAGGAAAUGGUGACGGAAGUGCUCUGACACAACUAUCAUCACCUAAUGUAGUGAUUGUUGAUAAUUUUGGUACUGUCUACGUGGCAGACGCGGGCAAUCACCGAAUAAUGUGUUGGCCUAAAGAAGCCACACAGGGCAUUGUCCUUGUGGGUGGAAACGGACAAGGAUCAGAUUCAAACCAGUUGUAUGCGGCCACGGGUAUCUCUUUCGAUCGUCGUGGUAAUCUGUAUGUAGCAGACACUCUAAAUCACCGAAUACAACGUUUUCUUAUUGAAUAA